GCUCGACAACGUCAACUGUUGAACGGAAGCAACGAACCACAACGCUAUACGGCCGCAAUGGCGAUCACACCCACUCAAUUUGCGGUCAAGACGCGGCAGUCGACCAAUUGGGCCGACGGGCAGAGGAGAGUCCUCGCAGCAUAUCGAGAAUGGAUCCGAGCCGCACCCGAGAUGCAGACGAUGUACUCGAUUCCCCUCCCCGUCUCCGCCAUCCGCACGCGGAUACGACAAGAAUUCGAGAGGUACAGAUACGUCAACAAGCUGUCGGUUGUUGAUGUUCUCCUUUUCCAGGGCCACGCCGAUUAUCAGGAAACGAUGAACUAUUGGCGCCAGACCAACCAUAUCAUGUCGUAUUUCAAGGAAGAGACCUUUAGGGGCGCUAAGAGGCUACCGUCCAACUUCAUGACUGGGUUCUUGGAGGGUCGCAACUAAAAUGGGGAUAUCGAGGCCUGUUGAGCCACAAUUGUACAUAGGCUAUCAAAACCUCCAAAUGCAAGCCCUUGGCCAUUCU